AUGGACCUCUCUGGGCUGAAACGCGAUGCCAAAAAGGCCGCGGGGGUCGCGGAGGUCGCUGCGGUGGAAGCGCAAGCUGAAGGGGCCGAAGGGGCCGAAGAGGAGGUGACCGCCGACAACGGCUCCGGUGCCAAAGAAGAUGCAGGUUCUGAUGAAGAUGAAGAAGAGAAGCAAGUCCCGGAGGGGUCAUUUUUCCGCAUCAUGGACACCACCGGCUGCUUUCUCCACCGGGAACCCACGGAGGAGACGGCGACGCGAGUGGGAUCGGUACCGAAAGGUACCGUGCUCAGAGGUUUCCUGGAAGGUCGACCCGAGGGAUGGUUGGAGGUGCCAACCAACGGGGCACAAGGCGCAGCGAAGCUGCUGACGUGGGAUGGGAUGAGGUGA